UGAAUGGUUAUGUUGUAUGUUGAAAAAAGAUACAUGUUUUCGCUAUGUGAAUGGUUAUUGGUAUGAUUGAGGUGGUUUAAAUCCAUAAUUUUUAGGAAGCAAUAUCCAAACAAAUGGCAAAAAGGAUUAGGAUUAAUUGGAAGCAAGAAGGUGUUGAAAAAACCUUUCUUGAAGCAUGUGUUCAUGAAAUAACCGUUAAUGGUCGUGAAGGAAGCAGUCUUAAACAAGCGUCAUGGAAAACUGUAGCUGAAAAUUUGAAAACACAACAUAAUUUCAUAGUGGAACAACGUCAAAUGAAGAAUCACUAUGAUUUUCUAAAAGGAAAAUUUGCAGCUUGGUUAAAGCUUAAAAACAAAACCGGGAAUGUCUAUGAUCCAGUUACAAACAGCUUUAACUUGUCAGAAGAAGAGUGGCAAAUUGAGAUGAAGUCUAACAAGUAUGUAGAAGCUUUGAGAAGUGCGCCACUUGCUUUCCCCAAGCUUUGUUGUCAAUUGUUUGAGGGGUCUACUUCAAAUGGGUUUGAUAGUUGGGGGCCAAGUUCUACGCUUCCUCAUCCUUCCGAGGAAGUGAAUGAGCACAAUUUGGUUGGUAUGGAUGUCGAAUGCACUCAAGUGGAUUCCCCAGGUAAAGGUGUUAGUGAGGAGUCAAGUAUUCGGUCCCAAAAAAAAAGAAAAAGGAGAGAAACGAAAACAUAAGGCAACAUUAGAGUCACAGCUUAUAGAAGUUGGUGAAGAUAUUAGCAAGUUGGCAAAGAUGAUGAUUGAGAAACACACACUUUCUGAUGAUAUGGAUGCAUGUUUGGAGAAGUUGGAGACAUUGGGUUGGGAUGAGUCGGAUGCGAAAUACGAAACAGCGCUUUUGCUUUUUGGUGAGAGUGCCGAUCUUAGGAAACUGUGGGUACGUCUUAAGCCGCAGAAUUGUGAGAAAUGGGUUAAGAAUGCGGGAGCGAAGUAUGGAUUGUUUAACUAAUAUUGUGCUUUGAUUGUUUUUUUUUUUUUU